CUGAGGAGAUGCUGAAAGGUGAGAAGAAGACAUUGGCCGUCUUGUCGUUGUCGCUCAGCUGCUUGAACAGGUCCAGACAGAAGGAAGUGUUGGCCUCGGACAGAGGGGCUGGUGAUGCCAUCGUGUCUGCACAGAUUGGUUUUCGGCUCUGCGGCAGGCUCUGAAGUCACCUCUGAAGUCAGACAGUGAGCUCUCAGCACAAAGGCAUCUUCCUAUAUCUGCGAACCGCUGCUGGACACACCCCCAGAAACACAAACAGGGACAAUAUUAGAGGGCUGAGAUAUUGGGUGUGUCAGGCAGGAGGACUUUUAAAGAGUUGCCACAUCGAAGUCAGAGACUCUGUUCCUGAGACUCUCUACCUGAACAGCUGCUGCACUCCACCACAGUGUUGACUACACAAUGGCGUCCUCAGAGGCACUCUCACGAGCCAACACCGAGUUUUGUCUGGAUCUUUUCAAAAAGCUGACCGAGAAGAACAAAACAGGAAAUGUCUUCUUCUCCCCCUUCAGCAUCUCCUCGGCUCUGGCCAUGGUGAUGCUGGGGGCCAGAGGCAACACGCACACACAGAUGUCAGAGGUCUUGAAAUUCAUUGAAGCAGAAGAGCGGGGGGGAGAGAAGCGCAAACGCAAACAGCAGCAGCAGCAGCAGCAGCAGCAGCGGCGGCCGUUUCCGACGGGGCAUGUUUGCAUCCAUGACAAGCUGUGUCCGAAAGACAAGCAACUCAAGGAUGAAGUCCACGAUGAAUUCAAUAAACUGCUGAAAGCCCUCAACGAGCCAGACGGUCAAUUCACCCUUUGUGUUGCCAACAGACUCUACGGCGAGAAGACCUACGAGUUUGUUGAGGAUUUCUUAAAGAAUAGCAAGAAACACUACAGUGCAGAGCUGGAAUCCGUGGACUUUAUGAACAGCCACGAGGAAGCUAGACUCAACAUCAACACCUGGGUGGAGAAUCAGACCCAAGGGAAAAUUAAGGACUUACUGGUGAAGGAUGUGGUGGACAACCUGACUAGGAUGGUGCUGGUCAACGCCAUUUACUUCAAGGGCGACUGGCUGAAGCCGUUUUUGGAGGGCGAAACUAGGGAUGACAAGUUCAGAGUGAACAAGAAUGAAACUAAACCAGUGAAGAUGAUGCACCAGAAUGAGAAGCUUUGCUUCAACCAUGAUGUUCUAUUCCGGCUUAAGGUCCUGGAGUUGCCUUACAAAGGCAGAGAGAUCAGUUUGCUGAUCCUUUUGCCCGCGGAUAUGGAGGACGAUUCUACUGGUUUAGAAAAGCUGGAGAAGGAGCUGACCUACGACAACUUCAUGAACUGGACGAGUCCAGACAGCUUGUCGACUUAUGACGUGGAGGUGGGUCUUCCACGCUUUAAAAUGGAGGACACGUAUGACAUGAAGGACGUCCUGGUCAGCAUGGGCAUGAAGGAUGCCUUUGACGUCAACCUCAGUGACCUCUCUGGCAUGUCUCCUGGCCAGGACCUGGCCCUGUCCAAGGUCGUCCACAAGGCUUUUGUGGAUGUGAAUGAGAAGGGCACUGAGGCCGCUGCAGCCACAGCUGCCGUCAUGCUACUGACCUGUUUUUUGUCACCCAGAGGCACAUUCAUCGCAGACCAUCCUUUCCUCUACUUCAUUCGUCAUAACCCCUCCAACAGCAUUCUGUUUGCCGGCCGCUACUGCUCCCCUUGAGCGUCGCCACGUCCUGUACACUCAGCAUUAUAGCGAAUACCUAUAGGACUGAGUGUAACUAUUUACGCUGGAUACAGUAGACGUCACAUACAAACUGUAACGCGUCUGAACUCAACCAUGUUGUUUCAAGUGUCGUUGCACAUUAAAUAAAGUCGGUCUCGCAAAUA